GCAAGAGCGGUGUGGUGGACUCAGUGAGAAGUGUUUAUGGGCUCAACACUUCAUUCUGGGAGCUUGUAGAAUAAAGUUAUGAGGAGUAUCCGCUUGUUACAACUUUGAAUCAACUCCUUCUUGGAUAAAGCUCGGAGGCACUCCUCGCGACUCUCUCAUUUCUUUUCUACCUGCUCCAUUUCAUUCACACAAACUCUUUCUGACAGUCGACAAUGGACGAGGAUAAUAACGUGUUGCCUGAAUUGAAGGAAAUAGAGACAAAAUUGGGUCUGAAAGUGCCGGAUAGCCUUAUUCGUUCUCUUGCUGGAGGGAAGCAUCACGAAAAGUCUGCAGCACCGCAUUUACAGAACUGCAAAGUGUAUGGGAAGAAUGCGGACCUGAAAAGACUGGAGAGCAAAAUGCUAUUCCUAAAGCAAGAAAUGGCACACCUACGAGCUAUUGAUGUGAAGCUGAUGCAGCAGCUCAUGUCAAUCAACGAGGGCAUUGAGUCCAUUCGUUGGAUGAUAGAAGACAAAGGAGGUGUGGCCAGCCAGGAGGGCAGCCUGACAGGCAGCUUGUACAGCCUGUCAGACAGCCAGGACGGUACCUCACUGCGAGGCAGCUUCAACAGCUUGAAUGAUUGCAACAGUGACGGGCUAGAUGGUCUGUCUGUGGGUAGUUACUUGGACACUCUAGCAGAGGACCUCCCGGAUGACCCAUCACCUACGGAUCUUGACUGUUUUGUGGAUAAAACAGUUAUUGAUGGUGAUGCUUUCAGCAAAUCGCCACUGAAACUCAGGGUGGAAUCAGAUGAAUACUACUGCUUUGGAUAGUGAGCUAAAAACAGUGUUUUAAGAGACUACAAGGAUAUUCUGUGAAAGAUUUACAACAUGUCUUCUUCACUUUGACAAAUUAACACAGUUGUCGAAAUAUUUUUCCCACAUGCUUCACAUGUUUCUAAUAAUAAUAACAGCCAGGGCGUUGCACGAUUUACCAAAUGACUAAUGUUACUUUUACCUUGAAACCAGCUUCCUUACAUUGUGGUUUGAACACACCUCAUCAAACAGUUGCCACUUACACCAAAUGCAAGUGAGAACAUCUUAACAAUUAUUUUUGUCUUAAUAUUUUAUAAUGCAGGUCAAUUAAAAGGGUGCUCAAUUAUGAUUAAAGAUUGUAUUUAUUGUGGAGCUGUCCAGUACCUAAGCAGUUUACUUCACAGAGUACUUCUUAGCCUAUAAUUACUGAAGAAGGGGGGAAUCAAAGGUGCAGCCAAAGCUGAACAGCAAAUUUCCUUCUUUAUCCGUGGAAAGUUCGACUUUGUGUUAGGUCAGACCCAAUCAGCUGAUCUCAGUGAAGGAGUAGAUUAGGAUUUAGCAGCCAUUUGGAAAAUUGGACAUUUCAUGCUGAGUGAUUCAAGUGGGUAAACAGUUUAAAGUGGCAAAGUGCUAAGUUUAAGUGUUAAAGCAAGUGCAAUUUGCUUCCAUGCCAAAUUCUGAGCACCAGCUACUAUAAAUGUUAAGCUUCUAAUUAAUGUUUUUGACUGAUGGAAGUUCCUGAGCUAAACUGCACUCUGCCAUAGUAGAAUUUAUUUGUACACUCAAGAGAUUAGUAGCAUGUUUUAAGCACAGAUGCUUGACUGAAAACCAAAGCAAUUUGAUCGUCUUAUAGAUCAUUGAGGCCUGAGGCAAAACACCAAAUGGGAGAUUUGUUGAUGGUGGACAUAUGGGGAACACAUGUUUGCUUUGUGGGCAAAUUUUAAUUCUCUGUUGUCAAAAAGAGCUAUACAUCACUGUAUAUUACUGUUUUAGCUUUAAAACUCCUUGUGGUGAUUUGUUUGACAUUUGUAU